AUGAGACACGAAGAUAACCAAAAGUCUCUUGGAACAAUUGAACUAGGAAGCAGAGCAAACGCGGACCUUAAAAAACAUCAUGAGUACAAUGGAUAUACAACACGAUUCUUGGGAUUCUCUGUCUAUAUCUCCAACACAACAGAUAGAAAUGAUGGAAAAUUGUGUUUCCAUGACAUAAAUUAUACUAAAUAUACCAUACCCGACCAUGUAAACAUCAUCUGUCCUACACAUGGUCAGUACGUCAUCUAUUAUAAUGAAAGGCUGCAAGGAGUAAAUUACCCUGAUGAUUAUUUUCCUUAUGCAUUUGUUGAACUUUGUGAAAUAGAAGUUUAUGGAUGUCCUAUACCUGGAUAUUACGGAUCUAAUUGUUCUCUCCCUUGUCCUGACUCAAACUGUAUAUAUUGUCACAUACAAUCUGGUGUCUGUGAAGGAUGUAAACCUGGGUACAAGGGACAUCAAUGUGAGCAACAGUGUAAUCAAAAAUUUUAUGGAGAGCUAUGUAACGAAAAGUGUGGAAACUGUACUGACGGUUGGACCUGCAAUCAUGUAAACGGAACGUGUACCAACGGUUGUGACGUCGGAGUGUAUGGAGACAAAUGCAAAAUAGUUUGUCCUAGUGGUUGGUAUGGAAAUAACUGUUUGGAAAAGUGUUAUAAUUGUGAAACGUGUGACAGAUUUACAGGACAGUGCACAUCUCCUUGUAAGACGGGUUGGAAAGGGAUUUUCUACAUGGAAGAAUGUGAUGGAAGAAGAUAUGGACAAGAUUGUGAAGAAGAAUGUGGAGCCUGUCUGGGUUAUAAACAAUGUCAUCACAUCAACGGUUCCUGUCUUGAGGGUUGUGACUUCGGAUACAAAUGGGAUCUCUGUAAAUCAGCUUGUUUGGAUGGAACGUAUGGUACAAACUGCGAACAGAAGUGUAACAAGAAUUGUGGUGUACCUUACAGAUGUAAUGGAACGACAGGACAGUGUGAGGGAGGAUGUCAGUUUGGAUGGGAGGGACCUCACUGCAAAACUAAAUGCACUAACAAUAUGUAUGGCCGUAACUGUAGUCGACGUUGUGGUAACUGUCGAAAUGGAGCUCAGUGUCAUCAUUUAGACGGAACAUGCCAAAGUGGAUGUAUGCAAGGUUAUAAAGACAGAUAUUGUACAUCGGAAUGCAAAGCAGGUUUUUAUGGGUUUAACUGUACAGAAGAAUGUAGCCUCUUCUGCAAGACCCCACGUGACUGUAACCACAUAACUGGACAUUGCAAACAAGGAUGCACUGGUGGAUGGCAGGGCGAUAUGUGUUUGCAAGUUGCAAACAGGGUUGGUGUUGUGGAAUGGCAAUCAGAAUUCCAUGGUUUUCUUGCAGCUUUUUGCAUCUCUGUAACAAUAAACGUGGUUUUGGUUGCCUACAUUAUUAUUAAUAGAAGGCAGACUAAAAACAGACAGAAGAAACAAAAGUGUCAAGACGAAAGUGAGAUGAAGGCGAAAAAAUUUGACCAAGACAUUGUUUCUCCUAAGGCUUAUGAAGAUGAAAGCAACAAAUAUCAAGAACUUGGAGAAUUAGCACUGCCAUCAGAUUAUGGCCGUCUUUAA